AUGGGAUCCGUAGGAUGUAAAUAUAUGAAUUUGAUGCUGAAAAAACAAGAGUCUGAGUUUCCUGUAACAAAAAGAUACACAGAUGUUGUGUCGAUAUUGCUGUCAGCUCGUGCGGAUUCUAACAGUUUAGAUAACGGAGGAAGUACACCCCUAACAAAUCUUAUGACUUCCUCGAUCCGCGCCACGUGUCUGGAUCCACCUGUCAGUGAUGACGUCAUGACAAUUAUUGUUCUUCUGCAGCAAAUGGGAGCUGACUUAAACACAAAUAAAUGCGAGUACAGUUACCAACUCAUGGUCUCAACGUUGCUGAAAUCAGCCACUCUCGUAGAAUAUUUCUUGGGUUGUGGGGCAAAUCCAAAUGUCAAAUUUGUUUCUGGAAUAUCACCUUUGUUUGCUGCUGUUGGUAACAGAGACCUUAACACAACAACCAUCCUGCUGCGACAUAAUGCAGAUGUGAGGGCGAAAGCCAUGGUCUGUCUGAGAUUGCAUGAAGAACGCCUGUUUGAUCCGUUUGAGUUAGCUGUUGAUCUGUUACAGUGGGACAUUGUGGACAUAUUGAUUCAUUAUGGAUAUAGCCUCUCUAAGCACAGAUACUUACAAGACACCCUCUACUCGGAGGAAGCGCCCGAAACCCUUAGAGACCACCCCUCUUUUCUGACUAAACUGCAAACAUCGGCGAGUUCGCCAUUCUCUCUCCAGAAAAUUGUCGUUUUGAAAAUUAGACAUAAUUUGAAAUAUGACUUAUCUGAAAAGGUGAAAGAUCUUCCACUGCCCGCUUCUUUAAAAAUGACUUUGUUAUUUUUGGAAAACUUGUAAUAAAUUUCAAUGACAAUUUUUAUCUCGAUGUUUACACAAGUAAUACUUCAGGAUAAUCUUAAAGGAAAGUCUAAUUCCAAGGAAGACAUGCACACUUGCAAAACAUUAAAGCCCUAGCACCAAACAUUGAAAAGUUAUGACCAAUGUAAAAUUAUUUUCAAUUUGAGCGUGAAAAAAAUCAAUUUGAAGCAUGCUUAGAUAGUUUGAAUUGAUAUGUACAUUUUUACCUGCAUAAAACAUUGAUCAAAACAAGAUGUGUUUGUGAAACACUGAUGACCCAGUAUUGUAGAUUAGGCGAGGGUUGAAAUUUCUCAAAUGCAA